GUUCCUGGUGUUGACAGAGAUGGAGCCUGGACGUGGAGGCCCUUCUGUGCUGCCCCUCUGGCCCCGGCCUAGGCGGCAGCCUGCCCUGUGGCCUACCCUGGCCGCUCUGGCCCUGCUGAGCAGCAUCGCCGAGGGCAAGGCCUCCCUGGGCCCCGCGCCCAGCAGCCCGGUCCCCCGAGAAGGCCCCGCGCCGGCCCCGGCGCCCCCCGCGGGUCCCCUGCCUGGGGGCCGCGCGGCCGGUCUGUGCGGCGGAAGAGCCCGGCGGCCGCCGCCCCCGCCGCCCACGCCCUCGCCCGCUGCCCCCCGAGGGCCCCGCGCUGCGCGGGCUGGGGGCCGGGGCGGCCGCGGGAGCCGGGGGAGCCGCGCGCGGGCCGCGGGGGCGCGGGGCUGCCGCCUGCGCUCUCAGCUGGUGCCGGUGCGCGCGCUCGGCUUGGGCCACCACUCCGAUGAGCUGGUGCGUUUCCGCUUCUGCAGCGGCUCCUGCCGCCGCGCGCGCUCCCCGCAUGACCUCAGUCUGGCCAGCCUGCUGGGCGCCGGGGCCCUGCGGCCGCCCCCCGGCUCGCGGCCCGUCAGCCAGCCCUGCUGCCGACCCACGCGCUACGAGGCCGUCUCCUUCAUGGACGUCAACAGCACCUGGAGGACCGUGGACCGCCUCUCGGCCACUGCCUGCGGCUGUCUGGGCUGAGGGCUCUCUCCGAGGGUGUGCGGACGCACCCUUACCUGUGGAUCUAACUGCCUGGGGCCGGCCGGAGUCUCGGCCGGAGACGGAGGCUUCGGCAGGGUGAGUGACAGACAUCAGCCCUGCGGAGAU